AUGGCGAUAACUAAGAAGCGUCUGAAAAAUACUGUGAGAAACUUUAUUUUUCUGAUGAAAAGUGGUCUUAUAAAACACAAGAAAAUGGCUCACUUUGGGCAUUAUGAAUUUUCAUGCAGCAGCAGAAAUCGGCACAAUCUUUAUGAAGCUUUUACACAAUAUCGUCGUUCUUUUCAUGGUGCUGAGAUUGAAGAUAGUGAUGAUAGGUUGAAGGAUAUGAAUAAUUCUGUGUCUGUGGAAGAAGAAUUAGAUAUUGAAGAAAACGACGUGGAUAGAAAGGCGGAGGAAUUCAUUGCUAGAUUCCAUGAACAACUUAAAUUGCAACGCCAGAGAUCACUAUCAAAAUACCAGGAAAUGAUUGCAAGAGGUGCAUAUUAA